AUGACCACCGGAGGAAGGCGCAUCCACCGGUGUGCCCACGAUCACCAGCUGCAGCUGUACGCAUCGGUACCGGAGCUCCACGCGCCGCAGGCGCACGGUCGUGCACAACCGCGCAGACCCGUGCAGACAAUGCUACCCGAGAAGUGUCCCAACGACCCGCCUUCUUCGUGCGCGAUCCGCGUCUCCCAGCGUGACGUGGAGCGAGAUCCGCAUAUUCCUCGCGACUUUGCAGCCUCCCUGAGCGAGUUGUUCGCACAACCAGAGCCCGUCACGCGUGAAGUCUCGACGACAGUGCAACAAACCCAUGUAGCUUCGACCACAGCGCAACAGACCCGUGCAGCCUCGACUCUAGCGCAGCAGACCCUAGUUUGUCCCACCAGCAUCGACCCAGUCCGCAAGCAGUGCACCGGAUCCGGUCCAGUCCAGUUCGGUCCAGCAGUGGCCCAGAUCGGUUCAACAGCGGUCCAGGAGUCCCGAAGAGUGGUUCGACCAAACCACCGAAGAAACCACACAAAAACUCUUCCCUUAAACCCUUUUCGUCUUAACGCCAUCUCACGCAUCCCUCUCCGCGGCGGCCCUCGGCUCGGACUGACGGAGGCUCUCCAAGGCCGACGAUUGCGUGACCCGAGUGCGCAGCUGGUCGGCCCAGCGGUGCUGUCAUCGGCAUGUAUGGUCUGA